GAAAUUUGAUGGAUCUGAAAGGCUGUUCUCAGACUUGCACCAAACUUUCCAAGAGUAAAAGCAGGAGAGAGAGAGAGAGACAGAGAGAGAGGGAGAGAGAGUGGAAGCAGAGAGCACAGACCCGGGACUCUCCAAUAUAAAGUACUGCAACUACAAGACUUUUCUAGCACUGACUGCCCCACAGAUCCUGCAGCCCCUCACUAUGAUUCCUGCUGCCGGGGAGGGCAUGGGCCAGCUCUGCUGAGAUUAUAUUUUGGACCAACUGUGUGGAUCUAAUGAAAGGACAGAAAGCCUUAGGGUCUCUGGCGGAGAUUUGGGAUUGAAGAGGCCCCUGGGAUCUGUUGUUUAUAGAUUUCCCUUGUUUUGUGUUGACUUCUUUCGGAGUGGAUCAGUUCCAGAAGGAAAAGGUGUUGGGUGCUGAGAUUGGAUCCAUCUGGGAAGAUGGGAAGUAAAGCUCUCCCAGCUCCAAUCCCCCUGCAUCCUUCCCUGCAGUUAACUAACUACUCCUUCCUGCAGGCCGUCAAUACCUUCCCUGCGGCUGUAGAUCAUCUGCAAGGGCUUUAUGGACUAAGUGCUGUACAGACCAUGCACAUGAACCACUGGACUUUAGGCUACCCAAACAUGCAUGGCAUCACCAGGUCCACCAUCACUGAGAUGGCUGCAGCCCAAGGCCUCAUGGAUGCCCGUUUCUCCUUCCCAGCCCUUCCCUUUGCCACACAUCUCUUCCACCCCAAACAAGGAACCAUUGCCCAUGUAAUCCCAGCUCUGCACAAAGACAGACCAAGGUUUGACUUUGCCAAUUUGGCCAUUGCUGCAACCCAAGAAGACCCACCUAAAAUAAGUGACCUUUCAAAACUGAGUCCAGGAAUUGGAAGCCCUAUCUCAGAGAUCAGCAAGUUAUCUCCAGACCGAAAACCUUCCAGAGGGAGGUUACCCUCCAAGACUAAAAAAGAAUUUAUCUGCAAAUUUUGUGGGAGGCAUUUUACCAAGUCCUACAACCUGCUCAUCCAUGAAAGGACCCACACAGAUGAGCGGCCCUACACAUGUGACAUAUGCCACAAAGCUUUCAGACGACAGGACCACCUCAGGGACCACAGAUACAUCCAUUCCAAAGAAAAGCCUUUCAAAUGUCAGGAGUGUGGGAAGGGAUUCUGCCAAUCCAGGACCCUGGCAGUGCACAAAACCCUACACAUGCAGGAAUCGCCCCACAAAUGCCCCACAUGUGGAAGAACAUUUAAUCAGAGAAGUAAUCUGAAAACUCACCUUCUUACCCAUACAGACAUCAAGCCCUUCAAUUGUGAGCGGUGCGGGAAAGUAUUCAGGAGAAACUGCGAUCUCCGGAGGCACAGUCUGACUCAUAGCCCCAGACAAGACUUCUAGAGCCAGACCACAAUGAUCCUGGCCCAGGGGCUUCCUGCUAACAUCCAAAGACUUAUGGCCCUUAUGGACUGGACUUCUUCACAGAUAACUCCAGACUGACUGAAGGCUGCACUUGCCUCCUGUACAGAUGUUUUGUUUUUCGUAAAAAGGCUCAUUUUAGAGCUUGUGUAAAUAACGGUAUUAUUUUUUAUUAUUAUUUUUUGUCCAGUUUUGAUGCACAAAUGGUACAGACUUUUAAAAGAAGAUACUUUGAAAAAUGUAUUUCAGAAAAUAAAAUCAUUUUUUUCAAAAUAUAUUUAU